AACCCUACUUAGGGUUUUUCUUGUUUCGCUCCAGCAGAUUCCCUGCUUCUAAUCCUUCGAACUUUCCCCCAAUAUCUACAUUUUCUUUCGGGAAAAUCUUUCUGAAGAAAACCCAAAAGAUUUUGCUCUUGGCUGAUUGCAUGCAUUGACAUUUUCCUUUCUUGUUUGUUUCGGGUUUGGUUGAGACUUGGUGUACAAGUUAACUAUGGAGAUUGGUACUGCCUUGCUGUUAUUCACGGCCGUCACGGUUUACCUACUUUGGUUCACCUUCAUCUCACGGUCCCUGAAGGGUCCACGUGUCUGGCCAUUACUGGGUAGCCUCCCGGGUUUGAUCGAGAAUUGCGACCGGUUGCAUGACUGGAUCUGCGAUAACCUACGCGCCUGCGGCGGCACGUACCAAACUUGCAUCUGCGCGGUUCCUUUUCUGGCCAGGAAACAAGGUCUCGUGACCGUCACGUGCGACCCGAAGAAUGUGGAGCACAUCCUCAAGUCCCGGUUCGACAACUACCCGAAGGGCCCCACGUGGCAAUCGGUGUUUCACGACCUCCUCGGCGAGGGGAUAUUCAACUCCGACGGCGACACGUGGCUCUUCCAGAGGAAGACUGCCGCGCUGGAGUUUACCACCAGGACGUUGCGCCAAGCGAUGGCUCGUUGGGUUAGCCGAGCCAUUAAGCAGCGUUUCUGCCCGAUUCUCAAGGCGGCUGAGCUCAAAGGCGAGCCGGUUGAUCUCCAGGACUUGCUGCUUCGACUCACUUUUGACAACAUUUGUGGUUUGACUUUCGGGAAGGACCCGCAAACUUGCGCUGCGGGGUUUCCCGACAACAGCUUUGCCUCUGCUUUUGACCGGGCGACCGAGGCGACACUGCAGCGGUUCAUUUUGCCUGAGGUGUUGUGGAAGGUGAAGAAAUGGCUAGGGCUGGGAAUGGAAGUCACGCUGAGCCGGAGCCUUGUGCAUAUUGAUGAGUAUUUAUCCAAUGUGAUCGCUGCACGUAAGCUGGAGUUGCAGAGUCAGCAGAAGGAUGGGAACCCACAUGAUGAUCUGCUGUCAAGGUUCAUGAAGAAAAAGGAGGCCUACUCAGACACCUUCCUCCAACAUGUGGCGCUCAAUUUCAUCCUAGCUGGACGUGACACGUCAUCGGUUGCGUUGAGCUGGUUUUUCUGGUUAGUGACACUAAACCCUAUUGUUGAAGAGAAAAUAUUGCGAGAAAUUUGCACCGUUCUAAUUGAGACACGUGGCGAGGACGUUGCGAGUUGGUUAGAAGAGUCGUUGGAGUUUGAGGAAAUUGACCGAUUGAUAUACCUCAAAGCAGCAUUGUCCGAGAGCCUUAGGUUGUACCCUUCUGUACCCCAAGACUCGAAGCAUGUUGUGAGGGAUGAUGUCUUGCCCGACGGGACCUUCGUGCCCGCCGGAUCAUCAGUUACCUACUCAAUAUAUGCGACGGGGAGGAUGAAGUCCUCGUGGGGCGACGAUUGCCUAGAGUAUCGUCCUGAGAGAUGGUUGUCUUCAGAUGGUAAGAGGUUCAUAAUGCAUGACUCUAGCAAAUAUGUAGCAUUCAAUGCUGGUCCAAGAAUCUGUCUAGGGAAAGACCUUGCGUACUUGCAAAUGAAGUCGGUAGCAGCGUCGGUAUUGCUCCGCCACCGCCUCACGGUGGUGCCGGGUCACAAGGUGGAGCAAAAGAUGUCACUGACAUUGUUCAUGAAGUAUGGUCUGAUGGUGAAUGUGCACCAAAGGGAUUUAGGGCCUGUUUUGGGAAGGGCAAAGAGAGACAUGGAAGUAAAGCUGAAUGGACAGGACUCCAUUGCCAUCAAAUGUAACGGCGGCGUCGGUGCUGACGAUGGAGGUGGAGUGGUAGUUGGGGCAGCUUAAGAGGGUGGUGAACUGGUGGUGUUGAAUUAGGGUUGUGAAAGAGGAUAUGUGUAUUUAUGUUGUGGACCAUGAAAGAUGAAGACACAGCACAAUAGAGGGGAGAUUGGGGAAGCAAAAGCUCAUGUGGUUCAAUUAAAUGUUUGCAAAUGUUUUGGGCCACAGCAACUUAACUCUUCCAUUGAGCAACAGAAGGAGGUAGUGGAGUUUCUCACAAUUUACUUAAACAUUAUAGUGUCAUCUAUCUUUCCCUUGUAAGCAAAUCAAGCUUGCAAAAUUUUAUUACAAUAUUCUUUAUGUUCUUGCUUGUUCAGAUUUUCAUAAAUU